GUUACCAUGUUUACGGCACAAUAAGCUGCGAGCUGCAAUUCUCGUGCAUUUGUACCGUAGUGACACCCGUCGGUGUUGAACCGCCCAUACGGAAACAACGACUAUCCUCCCAUCGCAAUCGAAGAGCGCGGUCAGACUGCGAGGUCACCGGAGCCUGCCGGCCGGACCAUGGGUCGCUACUCGGGGAGGUCGUUCCGGCUGAUCUGCAUGCUGUGCUUCACGUCGGUCUUCUUCGUCACGGAGCUCGUGAGCGGCUACGUGGGAAACUCACUGGCUCUCGUGGCAGACUCGUUCAACAUGCUGUCGGACGCCCUCUCGCUCACCUCGGGCCUCGCUUCGGCGAGGCUGGCGCGCUGGCCUGCCACGUCGAGGCACACCUACGGGCUGGUGCGCGGCGAGGUGGUGAGCGCCCUGGCCACUGCCUCGUUCCUCGUGGCGCUGUCCCUGUCAGUGGCGGUGCAGGCGCUCAAGGCCCUGUCCCAACCGGACGUCAUCGACAACCCCAGGCUGGUGCUCAUCGUCGGGGCGCUGGGGCUGUCGGUGAACUUGACGGGCUUGAUGCUCUUCCAAGAUUGCUUCUCGUGCAGCCGGCUGUGCGCGAGGUUCAACGCCGCGGAGGGCACGGACGAUCGCAAGCCGAGGACGGGUGACAAGUCAACGAAAUUAUUUCCCACACAUUUCAUUGCUAAACGCUUACACGUACUCAUAUUAAUAACAUUCAAGAAGGCCUUACUUAAUCUUCAGACAAUCUUCAGCAGCAUCAUGCGAGAUGAAGAAAUGGGAGCCUCCGUUAAAAGGUCCAAAGAAAAUGCCAUUAAUAUCCGAGGGGUGCUGCUCCACACGCUGGGAGACGCGCUCGGCUCCGUCACCGUGGUCAUCACCGCCAUCAUCUUCAACGUGAGGCCCAUAGCCAGCAAGGAGGAGUGCAACUGGCAGUGCUACAUUGACCCAGCCCUCACCAUCGCCAUGACCCUCAUCAUCAUCACCUCCGCGGUGCGUCUCAUACGGGAGGCGGCCGUGAUUCUGCUGCAGAUCGUGCCCCCGGACAUUCUCAUCAAGGACAUCGAGCAGAAGCUGAGUGGGAUUCCAGGCGUCCAAUCCAUCCACCGCCUGCAUGUCUGGCGGCUGACGGCCGGCCGCGACGUAGCCAGCGUUCACAUCAAGUGCGCGGGGAUGUCCGACUACGCCACGGCAGGCCUCCACAUCCACGACCUGCUGCAGCUGGAGGGCAUCGACGACAUCACCGUGCAGCCCGAGUUUGCGCUGCCGCGUCACGGCGACUGCGAGUUUCCCUUCCCCGUGGCGGACGACUGCAAUGAGCGUGGGGCCUCCAGCGUGGCCGAGAAGCCCGAGUGGAGCGCCACGACCCCGGUCACGGAGAAGGCCGGGGGCGAGCGGUUUGGGGCCACGCAGAGUGGAGCGGACGCACAAUGGGGAGCGCACGUCGUCACGAGGAGCUCCAGGUUGUGAUUAGUUGCUUGAAUGAGCAGAAAGAGCUUUUUUUUUAAAAAUGGAUUUGUCCCUCUCUGUCAUUUUCAUUAAUGUCAGAGCUGGCCUCAGCAUACGUGGCGCCGAGGGCAGACAACAAUUGUAGUCGAGCCAAUUGGCGCCCCUCACGGCGCUGUGCCCGGGUCAUCCAUCCCCAAGGUCGGCCCUCUCAUAAAGUUGAUUGAGGGCCAGCCUGGUGGAAGUGAGGUCUGUUUUACUGUUUUGCUGUCUUGCCACUGGCUGCUGAGUGAUUCUAGAAUUCAUGACUUUUAUGGGGGCAGGCAAUUGUAGAACAAUUGGACCUUGCUAGCGCCACCUCGCUUGAGAGAAUGAGAUCCUCCAUCCCCGUGUCUCUGCCACCCAGUGACUCCACAGUCAAAUCGCUAACCAGUUGCCUGCAACCUAUGGGUUGAAUGCAGUUAAAAGUGUGGGACAAAUGGCUGAGUCUCAGGAAAAUACAAUCACGUCCUUCUCCUUCAUCAUGUGAUGCCUUUGAUGGAGGCUGCGUUUCUGCCACUUGUGUUUAAAAGUCGAUGUCCACUCGCCACUGCGUUGAUUUAGAUGAUGUUCUCACGCUUGGGUGACCACUUUCAGUGGUAUCAUAUCAGGGAGGGGGCAUUUUUGACCCAUGGUGACAAGGGAUGGGGGGUUGUUUAUUCUUAAUCCUUAACAAGGUUGCAAAACUGUAUAAUUGUUACACUAAUAUCCAUAAUGAAAAAUGUUAAAUGUUUUUUUUAUAUAUGUUGGCUAAUUUAAGUGGCACUCUGGAGAUAUACAGUACAGUAUGUACGUAUUACAAUAAACAAGGUUCUCGAGAAAUAUUAAGAACCUUCAAUUGUAUUAUCUUGCGAAGAAAUAUUUAUUUAAAAAAAAAAUUUCGUUGUAAUCAACUUCACACUUAACCGCUGUAAUGUUACACUGUACAGGACAUCUCUGAUUGCAAUCGCCGUCUGAUCUCUUGAAGCCAUAUACGUUGUUACAUAUCACAUGUCAAAUAAAAGAUUGAUACAUUAUAGAGGCGCGUCGAUUCAUCCAGAUGAUUCCUGAAGCUCAUGAAAGCGUGCAUCGAAUCGCGUCGCGUUCGUGUUCCUUGUCACUGCAGCCACGAGAGACGCCACCACUGCUCACGACGAAGGUAAAGAAUCGCGUCGUGACGUUGAAUCGUGACGAUUAAUAGAAUAAUGUACAGCUCUAUGUCAAUGCACGAGAGUGGACUGGCACGCUGGUAAGUGCGGGUUGCCGAAGUGACGGCCCUAGCACUGGUUCAAAACAUUGCUGAU